AUGCUCGUCCUUUCACAGCUCUUGGUGGUGGUCGGUGCUGUGCGCCUGGAUACUGACUCCGUGUCAGCGGUGUCAGCGGAAAGCCGGAAAGACCUCUGCAAUCACUGGCUGUUCGUCCAGUAUCAAGGUGUCCAUGGCAUGGUGGAUGACACCUUUGGCUCCUUCCGAUACCUGGCAGGUGAAUGGAAGGAGGAGAACAAUGUGGUCCUUGCCAUAAAGCAGCACGCCAACGGUUGCAAAAAAACGUACCUGGCGAGCUGUGAGCAGGGGGGUUUCAUCCAGAAGGUGGAGUGUCCCGGCAAGGAGACGGUGCUCAACACCAAAUGUCUCGGAGGCUGGUCUUGCGUUUCUAGCAGGAAGACGGAUCUCGACAGUGAAGAGACUGCUAUGGUUUACGAUCCUGUGAAUGGGACUGUGUACAUGUCGACUGGGAAGGUGAUGUUCUCCACGAUCGAUCCGGAUUCUGGUGUGACGUUGGAGCCGCUCACACCCAAUGGCUGGAAAACGGAAUUGGGGUGCUAUUGCUGCCAGCAUUCCUACGACGGCUUGCACAACCCUUUCUCGGUCUCAGGUCAACGAUUCGCAUGGCACCGCAGGGCGGGCGGCCUGACAGAGUGCAUGCUGGCCUUUCGAAUGAUUGGGAACGGCUUGGACCACGACAACAUCGUCGACAGCAGCGCCUUGGGUGUCUUCGCAAUGAUCCCGGAGUUCAUUGGCACCUUUCUGGACACGAUUACGGGCACCCUGGGCCGGCACUUGGCCUGCAAGGCCUCCUGUGCCCUUCGAAAGGUGGCUUUUGAGCCCAACAAGUACCCCUAUACGAAGAUCUCCACGAACCUAGGCAUGAAGAUUCGGUGCCCGCCCUCACCACCCUUGCCUUUGCCUUCCGCAGAAAUGCCCGCACGCCCUGCACCAGCCAGCUUGAUGAUGACGGGGGCUGCAGAACAGCCCAGGCACUUGAGAUACCCGGAGCGCCCUUUAGAGCCAGCCCCCAUGUGGGAAUGGCCCACGACGCUAUGUUUGAUACUGGCCGUGAUCGUCAACUUCGCAGCGAAGCACCCUGAAUUGAUCCCCCGUGCCUGGCGCCCACGCCUUGGCGAUGGCUCGGAGAAGGUGAGACACCUGCUCCAGCUUCCCGUCGACUCGCUUCCGGCCUCCGCCGCCUUCGACGCGGCCUUCGACGCAGCGGCGCGGAGCGCCGGGAGGCCGUGCGUGGUCGCAACCAGUCAAGACCACACGCUCCGGGACGCCUUCCGCCAGCAGGCACACUUCGGUGCCUGCUCGGAGGGCUCUUCGGAGGCCUCAGAUGAGUUCGCAGGGCUGUGGCCCCGCCUCGUCCACUGGUGGAAGUCGCGGCUGCUGUGGUGGGCCAUGCCCGGAUUGGUCGAGGCUACCCUGGCCGACCUCCUCCAACAGCAGGAGGAGGUCGCCCUGCUUGGGCUUGCUGCUCUGGAGCUCCAGAACAUCCAUGCGGCGGGCCCGGUGGCGCAGGCGGCCGAGUCGAUCCGUCUGGCAUCCCGUUGCGUCCCCAGCCGUCGGUUCCGCGGCGCAUCCGCCAUGCCCCAGCAGCCCGAAGCAAAAUAUCUCCAUGAGCUGACCGAAGUCCCGGCCAGCUGGCGCCUCACGACCGUCAUCGAUGCCUUCCUCGACUUGGCUGUUUGGAAGGAAGGUCAUGCUCCUUCGGACCGAGCUCGCGAGGCGGUGAGCCGGCGGCUGGUGGAGUUGUGGGCCGCGCAGCCGGCGGAGGGGGAGGUCUGGCUCCAGCGGUGCCGGGAGCUCUACGCCAAAGAGCUCGCAUGCAAGGCCGGGCUGCUGCGAGGAGCGCCGUGCGGCUCAGCAGCAGAGCGGGAGCGCUUGGCGGCUAACUACCUGCAGAGGAGUCCCUACAUCCGCAAUCGCUGCGAGGAGCUCGCGGAGCGGCUCGUGGAGGCGGAGAGCCCGGAGACGGCGCGGAAGCGGCAGAAGCUCGAGGAGGAGACCACCGAGCGCCGGCGCCUCGAAGCGGAGCUCCAACAAUCGCAGGAGGAGGGCCGGGAGCUCAGAAAUCGUCUGGCUGUGGCGGAGGCGCAGGUGCGCAGUCGCGUUGCAGCUGCGGAGUCAGCCGUGGCGGAGAUACGGAAGGAGCUCGGGCAGCUGCAGGACGAGCAUGGCAAGUGCCAGGAGCGUUGUGAGGAGCUCCUGACUCGGUUGGAGGCAGAAGCUUCCAAGCAUGCAGCUACGAAGGAGCGUCUCUCACAAGCCGAAGCCGAUGCUGCGGAAAGGAGGAUGGAGGUGGAGCGGCUGCAAGAAGAGAGUCGCAGCUACCAGGCAGAGACUUUCCUUUCGGCAGGCGAUGCGGGGAGCGAAGCGGAGCUGCUGCUCCAGAAGGCGGUGUUCCAAGACCGCUGCGACCAGCUUCGGCAGCAGCUUUCGAAAGCAGAGGCCGAGAGAUCGGUAAUGCUCGGUCAGAUGCAAGUUUUGUGGGAAGAGAAGGGCAUGUACAAGGAACGCGCUCGUGAGCUGGAGAAGCAGCUUCUUGAGGUGAAGCAGUCCCAUCAUCUCAACUCCGGUCACACCCCGCAUUGCCAAGCUCCUGUCGACGAAGCCUCCAACAGCCAGGAACCAGAUCUUGCCGAGCAGCUGGGGUACAGCUUCGUGGAUGACGACGGCACAUCCUCUUCGGUCUUGAGCCGCUCCUCUUGGUUCUCUGUGAAGCCAGACUCGGUGCAACCUCACUGCUUUAUGGUCGAUGCCAUCUUCAAGACGCGCAGCUUCGGGGCGGACUUCUUCUUGAUGGGAAGAGACCUCAAGAAAGGUUCGCAGGUGGUGGCUGGAGAUGACGCGUCUAUCCUGGAGGUGGCCAAGACGCCGGAGAUCUGCGAAGCCAGCGAGGUUGUGGAGUUGCAGGCGGGCACUGCAACCUUGCGGGUGACUGCAGACCACUUGGUGCAGGUCGCCGACCCAAAGGGCGAGGCGGCGGAGAGCCUCUACCUUGCGGCUGGCCAGCUGAAGGUGGGCGACCUGGUCAUGCUCGACUCCGGCGACGUGGCGGCCCUCAGCAGCGUCGUCCUUCGGCGUGAGGCCUGUCAGGUGCUGAAGAUCGUUUUUGAGCCCUGCAUGCCCGUGGCCGUCUUCUCUCGCCCCACCUGCAUCCUCAGCCUGGGCCACAAGAAGAAGCGGCCCAUUCGUCGUGGUGGACGAAGCCGGGAAGGCCCGUCUCCUUCAGAUAACAGCAUGGACGGCGGAGUUUCUGUCCCCAUCACGGCGGGUGAGUACAUGGACUAG